UCGUCUGUCUACUGUCUUUGCGUAACAGCGUAAGUGACUUUUACGGACUGCGACACGGCUAUUUCCUUCUUUUUAGGGUUCAGUACGUUGUGUUCGCCGCUAUCUUUCUGUAGCAUUUUGCAACAUGAGGAUAUUUCGCCACGUCACUCCUCUUAACUUCGUAGUUCAAUUUCUGGUACUCUUCAGGUUAUUCAGCCAUGGAGAGUGUGGUGCAGUACAGCUCACAGCUGACAAUUUUGAUACAAUUAUUGCAAACACAGAAUUGGUGCUAAUCAACUUUUAUGCGGACUGGUGUCGAUUCAGCAACAUGUUAGCACCGAUUUUUGAUGAGGCUGCUGACAAAGUAACUUCUGAGUUCCCUAGCUCACGGGUGAUUCUAGGAAAAGUUGAUUGUGACAAAGAUACUUCUAUUGGCACAAGAUUCCAUAUUUCCAAAUAUCCCACACUAAAGGCAGUGAGAAAUGGCCAGUUGUUUAAGAAAGAAUACCGUGGACAGAGAUCCGCUGAGGCCUUCGCUAAUUUUGUGCGGGAGCAAUUGGUCGAUCCGAUGAAAGAGUUUACUCAGCUCUCGGAAGUACAGCAUAAUCAAAUGGAUGACAAGAAACGGCACGUCAUUGGUUAUUUCGAGACGCGAGAUUCACCUGAGUACGCCAAUUUUGCUAAAUUGGCUGCUGUUUUGAAGGAUGACUGCAAUUUCCAUGUCGGGUUUGGCGAAGUAACCAGAGCUAUGCAUCCUCCUGGCCAACCAAUUGUGGCUUUCAGGCCAGCCAAAGCACGUUCUAAUGAUAUGGACGAAUCUUUCACUGGGGAUCUGAAGAGUUAUGAUGAGUUCAGUAUUUGGACAACAGACAAGUGUGUGCCGUUGGUGCGAGAAAUUACUUUUGAAAAUGCUGAGGAACUAACUGAAGAAGGUCUGCCCUUCCUUAUCCUCUUCUACAACCCAGAUGACAACAAUAGCAUUAAAAAGUACAACGAGAUUAUCAAUCGCGAACUGUUGGACGAAAAACAAAACAUCAACUUCUUGACAGCCGACGGAGUGACAUUUGCCCAUCCUCUUCAGCAUUUGGGGAAGAGUAAAAAAGAUCUUCCACUCAUCGCUAUCGAUAGCUUUAGGCACAUGUAUCUCUUCCCUAAGUUUGAAGAUAUAAACAUUCCUGGUAAGUUAAAGCAGUUCCUCGCCGAUCUACAUUCCGGCAAACUGCACAGAGAAUUCCACUAUGGUCCUGACCCAGCUACCGAUCCUCCUCUGCAACUUGAACAUCACGCAGGCAAUGAAAACAGCAAAGAUGAUGAUCUAAGCAAAAAGCCAACUCAGCCACCUGAAUCAACAUUCAAGAAACUCGCUCCAUCUAAGAACCGUUACACGCUUCUAGAUAAAGACGAGUUAUAAAACUGUGACUUUACAAAAAAGAGGUGUGGUGGUUUUUGGUUGGUGGCCUUUCUCUUUUCUCUUGCACGAUUAAUUCUCUUGGUCUUUGCUCUUUGUUUUGUCACUAUAUUUAAAAUGAAAAAUGUUUCGAUCCAAAAUUCCAAGGUUUCUUCAGAAAACAUUUAACCAUACAAAUUCUUAAAGAUAGAAUGUGACUCUUUCAGUUGUUACUUCUCUGAGCAUAAUUUUCCCCUUUCCGCCAUAUAGCAGUUGCCGUUGUUCAGUCCUGGCCACCAGAUUUGUAAAUACAACAGUUUAACCAAA